GCUGCCCUUGUAGAGGUCGUCGUGGGCUGCUCCGGCUUGCUGAAUGUCCUCCUCCGUUUCAUUGGCCCUAUUACAGUUGGCGUCACAAUAGCUCUGAUCGGCACCUCUCUCUCUGGCGUUCCGCUCAUCUAUGGCCGGCCUUCGUUUGCGAUGUGUUUUGGGUCAGUUCGGCCUCCCGAAGUUCCACCUGGCAUUGACCCUAGGCUUCCUUGUGGCCUUCAUAGCAUCAAUGAUGGAGUCAGUGGGUGACUAUUACGCCGCUCAGGUGGUGUGUGGGGUGCCACGCCCACCGACCCACGCUAUCUCCCGAGGAAUCCUGAUGGAGGGUCUGGGCAGUGUGCUCUCGGGGGCGGUGGGCGCUGGACACGCCACGACCUCAUACAGCGGCAACAUCGCCGUGCUCAGUCUUACCAAGACAGCGAGCAGGAUUGUGAUGUACACCGCCGGAAUGAUGCUCAUUGGACUCUCCCUCAUAGGCAAAGCAGGCGCUGCGCUGACGGCCAUACCUAACCCGAUUAUCGGCGGCAUACUGAUGGUGGUCGUCGGCACGCUCAUCUCCAUCGGUCUGUCCAAUCUGAAGCACGUGGACAUGACGUCAUCAAGGAACAUGCUGGUGGUGGGAGUGCCCUUCAUGGCGGGAAUCGUCAUGCCCAGACUCCUCGACAGCCACCCGGAUGUGCUCGAUACUGGAACAUUGGAGAGUAGAGGCAUGGGUCAAAACAACCACGAGCACGGUCAUUCUGAGGACGAGUCGGGGGAGAACACUGAUAUGUUGUACAGUUGGCCCUUCUAUCGCCGCCUAUGUCGCUUCUGUCCAUGGCUGGGUCACCUGCCCUUCCUCCCUGGAAAUUCCACUGUUCAGCUUUCGGACAAGCAUUUCAAUGGGAAGCAGAAAAAUGGGGAUUCGCAUGCGAUUUGAUGUCACUAAAGAGAAACUUUGACAUUAUAGUCAAAAUGUGACCUAAACAGUACGUGUCAAAAUAAGAUGCACGUUCACUUUG